UUUCGCGUUUGCAUUUCACAAGACUUGUAUUUCACCAGCCAGCCACCAGCGGGUUGACACCGAAAAGCACAUGCUGACACCUGUCCGCCCCGGGGAAAUCUACGAGCCGUCGAUCUGGGCGGAAAGGGGCGGCGAGUAGGCCGCGCGACGCUCCAACGGGCGCGCUCGUCUCCACCCCCUCCGCCCGCAUGGACCCCCGCGGCCCGAACACCGCCCACCGCGACGCCCGACCGAGGGCCAGGCCCAUGCGCCCAGAAGCAUCCCAGCAGCGCUCUACCUGCCCGGAGAGAAGGAAGAUGAGCGAGUCAAGCUCCAAGUCCAGCCAGCCCCUGGCUUCCAAGCAGGAGAAGGACGGCACUGAGAAGCGAGGCCGGGGCAGGCCACGCAAGCAACCUCCCGUGAGUCCGAAGGAGCCCAGUGAAGUGCCAACACCUAAGAGACCUCGAGGCCGACCGAAGGGGAGCAAAAACAAGGGUGCUGCCAAGAUCCGGAAAACUACCACGGCUCCAGGGAGGAAACCACGGGGCAGACCUAAAAAACUGGAGAAGGAGGAAGAGGAGGGCAUCUCGCAGGAGUCCUCGGAGGAGGAGCAGUGACCCGCGCGGUGCCGCCCGCCCCUCCCAGGA